GUGUUACCACCGCGGGUGGUGGAAGAAGUUAAGGCAUCCCCUCAGGGCAGUCCUUCACCUGCAACGCCCACCACACCGCACGCUCUGGAUCGUUCGGCGGCAAAACGGGCCGAGUUGAGACGCUUGGAGCAGGAACGCCGAAGACGGGAAGCGAUGGCCGGUCAGAUUGAUAUGAAUAUGCAGAGUGAUUUGAUGGCAGCAUUUGAAGAGUCACUGUAAAGAGUUUGUGCGUGGAUGUGGAGAUGUGCGGGUGUGUUGGUUCGAGUGUGUGUGGCGCUGGUCACGGUCACGGUCACUUUCUCUCUGGAGCUCGCUCGUUUCAUGGAAUUACUGGGCUACCGAUAUUUGUGGCAAAGGUUUCCAAAUGUUCCCGCAACUAUGAUGCCGUUGGUGCUGCAAUAGAGCGGUAAUUACAUCAGGGCUUGCGAUUACCGUUUAUCUCUUCAGCCUCGCACCAUCCAUAUAUUUAAACCAGCGCUAUGAAGCAAUGAAGUCCCAUGCCACCUAGGUAUCUAUCAAUGUUAAGCGCACGCAUGUUAUACCACCGAUCGUCGUAGUUGCUGACCAUGCGUGCAACAUUACGGUAUCGGGCUACGUCGGGCUAGAGGCAACUGAAGCAACACUGAGGCAGAACACCCUUUUGUGGUUAGUCUGCGAUGUCGUCUGAGCUGCAGUCGUUGACCAUAUAGAGCGAAUGGAAGAGAGAGAGAGGGAAAGAGAGAGAAAGACAAAGACAACGUAUAGAAAGGUGAAGAAGUGUGUGAGUUCAUGUACAUAGAAGAAACCAUGUAUAAAAAUAAAUUAAAUAUCUUAGUAAUAAAGGCGAAUAAGGAUUAAAAGAAAGGGGUACCCGUCAACACAUGAUAGGGCAUAGGGCGUAUUCGAAGCAACGGAAUCCCCCUCACCCCACAUAAAUCUUCGUGGGUAGCGCUGCUAGACACAUUAUGUAGCAGAGAAAAAGGAAACAGAGUCAGGUUUUGUUAGUAAAUAGGUUUACUCUGGUACUACUCGGACGGACUAGUGGGCAAUACAAGAUUAAGUAGUUCACCGAUUCGCUCGCACACGCAAUGCAAAGGAGCAGGUGGGAGUAGGUGAACACACGGAAUUCAGUAGUUGGUUGCAGAGCAUUGCAUUGCGUGCGUGCUGCUUAUGUGCAGCCUGUGCUACCUUUAUGUGUCACCUGAUAGGAUAACAAAUUUUUGAGUUAAUAGUAGCCGUAGCAGCAAUAGCGAUUAGUAGCAGUAGUAGUAAAAUUACUACUACUAUUACUACUCUUCGUAAGACCAUUCAUCAUCCUGUCCUAUGGUGUUUUGCACACUUCGACUUCGAACGAUCCUACAGCGCCUGGUGGAUAUUCGUUAUUUUUGUUUUAGGUUGAAGUUAAUUGGGAAUUUCCCACGCUGCAUGGAUCUAGGGACGGAGCCCCAGUAGAUUGCAGGCGAACCGAAUAAUUAGCGAAAAGGAAAAGAAAAACCGACGAAGUGCGUACGCGAGGAGAUUGAACAUAUUUCGGGUAGCGAUAAAUGAUGUACGCGCCUAGUGUGUAAGUACUCUUUAUCAGUUGUGAUAUAUAAAUUAAAACGAGAAAAAAAACCAUAAAACGGAAGAAAAUGGAACAAUUGAAAUGGAUGUGGAUGUGGCUAGUACGUUUAACGCUUUAGUUACUACGUUCAUAGCAGACUCAUUCCGCACGAUGGUGUGAUGGGUUCAUACAUCCGGAUCGUGUGGCGUGUGGGUGUAAAAUUGUGUAAAUAGAUUUGGUCUUCUUCUUCCAUCUCUCAAAAGCAUUAACCUCUUCUUUCAAUUCAUACCCACAUGCGCACUCAUGAUAACAACAUACACACAAGCAUCACAGCUGGACAAAGGGCUUUUGACGAUAAAAUGUAAGUUAUGUUUUAUCUUUCUUAUCCCGUGCGAUCUUUUCUCUUGUUGCGCCCAAACCGGGCGUUUCAAAUUUGCAAAAAGCAUAAACGACACCUUCUCUCGGCGAUGUAAACUCAAAGAGACCGCACACACCGGUCCUAUAUGUGCUUGCCUAUAUGUGACCACACACGGCAAAGUGAAAAUCUGUGAGAACAGGCCGUGGGUCAGCAUGAUAAUGCGCAUAUCGGUCGGAAGAGGAUCUGCAGCCACACACCAGCAGCGCUCGUGUGUAUCGAUCAUAAGGGCCUUUAUAAGGUAACGAUGGUCAUACGGGAAGUCGGAAGAGUUAGACGAAUAAACUUAAGCCAAAAUGAAGACAGAUGCAUAGGGUGCAGCGUUCAGGGGGAGCCUAGUGUACAGAGAUAGGUCUAACGCCAUUCGUACGUGAGUGUUUGUAUGAAUGUAUGUUUGUGUGUGAGUGUGGUGUAUUUAGAGGAGUUCGAAUCGAAGGAUAUUCGGCAACCAUAAACCUCCCCAUUCUUUCUAUUUUCUUAGUACCAUCUAUCUCCGUGGCAAUGAUGUUUUCCUUCGUUUGAAUUCUUCAAUUGAUCAUUUCUAAUUACAAUUCAUUUUAUCCAUAUUUCGGUCGUGUUCGAUCUUCGACCGGUGCAAUUCGAUUUCCCAACGAGAGGCAAAGCAAAAAAAGAACAACUUCCAAAAGGUGUCGUCAGUGUAAAAAUGCUCGCUGGCAAGUCGUUGUUGCAUCAAGCCACGUGGAAUGUUGGAACGUGUUUACGGCUUGUGUCUUUGGGGUUAGUUUAGUUCGUUUGUGUUGCUACUUUGUGCGUUUCACUGGUUAACUCUACUACAACAUAAUGCAUAAUGCGCUCCGUGUACUUCUUACUCUGUGGUGUCCUACAACAAAACGAAAGCAAACAAGUAUUAAUAGCGCUGUAAGGCGAUGCACGCCGGAACAUGUUGUGGUCGGGACGGUUCGGUAUUCAAGGAAUUGAACGAAAACUCUAAAAGGAAUGUGGCCGCGUGGUAGUAGCUACCGAGCACGUGGUGGAGUGGUAGAGACGGUCUCGUGUAUGCACCUGCAAAUGUACGACGGGCACGCAAUCAAUUUCGAAUAAUUUCAACAGACAAAAGAGGAGUACGAAGGAAACGGAAUAAAUAAUUGAAAUCCGAAAGAGUAGCGAAAAAAAUCUAAUAAUUUUCUACCUGGCUGGGGUGCGUGGAUUUGGUGUAGUUUAAUGGCGCAAACAAUUUCGAAACAAUCAAGAUGUAUUCGGGCCAUUGAAGUGAAGUAGUUUAGAGCAAAUAUGGGGAGAAGAGAGGAGAGGGAGAGCGAUGCGACAGAAAACUAUUACUAAUAAUAAACGUUACAUUGAUAAGAGAACUGUACUCAAAACUGUCCUUCGAAAUACAUCAAACAAAAAUCCU